AUGACUUCUAAAAUAUCUUCUUUAACAUCAUCAAUGGCUUCAUUUUUAUGUGAUUUGAUACGUAUUCGUUCAGUUUGUGGAAUUAAUGCUGAGCGUUUUGUUGCUCAACGAAUUUGUGUUGAAUGUCAAAGUUUAAAAUUAAAAUAUGAUUUAAUAUCAGCACCCAAUGAAGAACAUCGGCCAAAUGUAAUUGUUACUGCUGGAAAUGGUCCUUCAAAGUUUUUGUUUGUUGGUCAUAUGGAUACAGUAAAUGUUGAAGAUGAAACUCAAUGGUCGUUUCCACCAUUCGCCGGUAUAAUUGAUGACAAAACUCAAAGAAUUAUUGGACGUGGUUCAUGUGACAACAAAGGUGGUAUUGUUUGUGCUUUGUACACAUUGUAUUUGCUUCAACAACUUAUUGAUGAGCAAAACUUAAAUGUCAGUAUUCAAUUAGCAUGUGUUGUUGAUGAAGAAAGUGGUGCUUGUUCAUCAAUUGGUGUUCGUUAUUUAUUAGAUAGAAAAUUAAUUUCGGGUUCUGGUGCUAUCUACGUCUACCCAGGUACAAAUGUUACUAUUGGACAUCGAGGACUAUUAAGAUUAGCAAUUGAUGUCAAGGGUGAAAAUGUCCAUACUGGAAGUGUAGAAUGGAAUACUAAAAUGAAAGGAGCUAAUGCGUCAACUACUUUAGCUCGAAUUUUAAUAGCAUUGGAAGAUUAUGCUUGGAACAACGAUAAAGAUCCAUCCUUUCCUAAUUUAACAUUGAUUGUAACUCCAGGUACGAUCUUUAAUGGUGGUAGUUUUCCAUCUGUCGUUCCGUCGAAUGCUUCAGCUAUGGUUGACAUUCGCCUAAUGCCAUCGACAUCUGUUGAUGAUAUUUUGAAAAAAAUUGAAGACAUUAUGAAAACUAUAAUUAAUGAACGAAAUGAAUUUUAUCGUAAAAUGACAUUUAAUUCAACCUCAUCUGCUCGAUUAUCGGCAUCUAUUACAAUUAAGAAUCAAUUACCAGCUGCAACAAUUGAUUCAAAUCAUCCGCUAGUUCACUCUUGUGUGAAUGCAGUUAAAAAGAUACUCAACAUUACUCCUACAACCAAUGGAUGCGGUCCAGCUAACGAAGGAUAUAUGUUAAUUGAAAGUGGUAUUCCAACAAUUUGUGGGUUUGGACCGAUUGGAGGCAAUGUUCAUGGAGUAGACGAGUGGAUAUCAAUUCCAUCAAUGACUCAAACAGUUGAUAUCUAUGUUGAUAUUGUCUCUAAUUAUUGUCAGUUAUUCGGAUAA